UGCUGCGGUUGUCGUAGAGAGUCGCCACUGCUGCACCCCAGCGCUUUACUGCAAAGAUCCCUUCCAUCCCUCACCCUUGGGCGUUUCGACAUGGCUUCGGACAUCACCCCAGAGGCCAUCGGCUUCUUGUCAGCAGUGGCUGUCUUCGUGGUACUGCUGGCAGUGCUUUUCCUGUUCAUCAACAAGAAGCUCUGCUUCUCCACUGUUGGUGGUCUUCCCUGCCUGGAGCUACACGGAAAGGGGAGGCGUUCCCGGAGCAAAGGUGUGCCCCACCUAGGACUGGUGGACAGCUACGGUGAGGAUGAUGACCGCUCCACGUCAUCGGACAGCGGGGACGAGGUCAUGAAGCAGUUUAAGAUCUCUGUCUCACGCUCUCAGAGCUUCCAUAUGGCCAAAGCCAAAAAAGACCAGAUGGCAGCAAUCCAGGACUGUCAUAGACACACAUCCCUGCUCUCUGACCAGGGAGGCAAUGACAACGAAUCCUCUGGCAAUGAAGCAGGGAGUCGCAGGUCUGGGCCGGGUCUCCAGGAUAGCCAAAUCUGUUGGGAUGAUCAGCAGGAAGUUAUUAGAACUAGAGACUCUGUAGAAGGCCUGGAACUUGUGGUAUGUCAGACCUCUGCAAGUAACAAGGGAAGCUUCUGUCAACGGGAGAUGGAGACAGCCAUGGACAACUUGGGUUAUGAUGACAGCGAAGCAUCUGAGAGCAUCCCAACCUGGAACACAGAGUGUCAUCGUCUGAGAGGACAGUGCAACCUACCCAGCCUCUGCCUCCACCUAUCUACCUGUGGCAACCUCAUGACCCACCUAGAGUACAAGGCUAAAGCACAAAGGCUGCUAGUAACGGUGGUAGAGGCACAGGGCAUGGCCUCCAAGGAACAUGAAGAUAUUGAGGCCUGGCUGGUACGUGUGGUCCUGCUCCCCAGCCGGCGGAGGCGUCAUAAGACCAGCAUGCAACAGGGAUCAGUGCUUUGCUUCCGUGAGACCUUCCGCUUUUCACGCCUUGAUCCCUCUGAGCUGGGCCGCUCCACCUUGCGCUUCCGCCUCUAUGCAGUGAACCACGCAGCCCAGGAGUCCCUAGUAAGUCAGGGGCUGCUUCACCUUGAUGGCCUCAGUCUGCAAGGGAAGAUGGAGGCAGUUGUUGUGCUGGAGCCGUCAAGCAACAUAAAGCUGAAGCCAUGUACCUCAGGGACCAACAUCAUCUCAUCCAACCAGUUCCUAUCCCAUGGUAUGGGUCCCAAGCUGCUCCUGGGCCUGGCAUACAAUGCCAUCACUGGCCGACUCUCUGUGGAGCUCAUCAAGGGAUGCCACUUUUGCAGCCCUGGUAUCAACAGACCUCCUGAUACCUACGGAAAACUAACGCUGCUGGACUCCGUGGGUCAGGAGAUCUCCCGCUGCAAGUCUUCCAUGCGCCGUGGGCAGCCACACCCAGUCUACAAGGAAACAUUUGUCUUCCAGGUUGCACUCUUUCAGUUGUCUGACGUCACACUGUUGGUGUCAAUCUACAACCGUCGAAGCAUGAAGCGCAAGGAGCUGCUAGGCUGGGUGUCACUUGGCCAGAACAGCAGUGGCCAUGAGGAGCAGCUGCACUGGCAAGGCAUGAAGGAGUCCCAAGGGCAGCAGGUCUGCCGCUGGUAUGUCCUGCAAGAGUCCUAGAGCACCCCUUAUGGCUCCAUCAAGACAAAGCCCCUAUUAUAGCAACACCUUUGCCAUAUGUCCAGUGCAACAUUCACAUACCCCAACAAUGGCUCCUUUCCUGUAAAAUCCUGCCUCUGAGUGGCCACGCCCCCAGUCAUCACCAAAUCACAUUUCUUGUUAAUCUGAACCCAGUAAAGAGACACCACUGCCCAAUUUCACUAGGGGAAUAUGCAACUUUCUCAACAUUAUUUUAGGCAUCCUUAAAGAUUGUGGCAAUGCUUUCCUGGUUUUGUUAUUCUUGUUUUAAACAGUUCCUUAUCUAAUACAAAUAUGUGCUUUGAAUAAAGCAGAUUCAUGUGGAUCCAUUUUGCAUUCAAAUUGAACUGGCUCCUCCAAGGGAAGCUGAGAUUGUUUAUAGUCAUUCUGGCCUUUGACACUUUUGUCUUCCCUUGUUUUGAAUUUGUCCUGUCCAUGGUGUAUCUGCUUCAGCCUUGUGCCCAGUCAUUGUGGGAUAGGCUUCGGACCACCAUGACCCUAAUCAGGACAAGCGGUUACUAAGAAUAGAUGAAUGGAAGGAUGGAUAGAUAGAUGAAUGAAU